GCUAGAAGGAUGGAGCUUUUGCUCCUUCACUACCCAUUUACUUUCUUGUUCAUCGCAUUUCUAGUCCUGUACCAGGUGAAGCCUGCAUUCAGAUACUUCUGCAAGAUGACCUUCUAUAAGCUGUGGCUCUUCACCCUAAGCAUUCUGGUUGUUAUAGUCUGUAUUCCUCGUGGACGUAACGUGGAAAACAUAAAGUUUUUGCGCAUGUCACUCCUGCCACUCAAAUACAUCUUUGGUGUCAAGAUAGUAGUGAAGGGCAAGGAGAACCUCAGAACUAAGAAACCUCGCGUCUUCGUGUUGAAUCACCAGACCUCCCUUGACAUUAUGGUGAUGAUGGAUAUAUUACCAAGUCGCUGUGUGCCCAUUGCAAAGAAGGAAGUCCUAUACAUGGGCCCUUUCGGUCUAGCAUGCUGGCUUUCAGGAAUUGUUUUCAUUGACCGCAAGAAGAAGGAAGAGGCUAUCACUACCUUGAUGGAGGUGGCACACUCCCUGCACAAAGAAAAUAUCCAUGUCUUGAUCUUCCCAGAAGGAACUCGCAAUCAUGGUGGCUCCAUGUUGCCCUUCAAACGUGGGGCCUUCCAGCUGGCUGUGAAAGCCCAGGUGCCCAUUAUUCCAGUAGUGAUCUCUUCCUACUACAACUUCUACAGCCAGAAGGAGAAGAGAUUUACACCAGGAAAAAGUAUCAUCCAAAUCCUGCCAGAAGUGGAGACGCUUGGCCUGGGCCCAGAUGAUGUUCCCAAGCUCAUCGAGCAGGUCCGUAACUCCAUGCUCACUGCCUAUGAGGAGAUAUCAGGAACAACAAAUGGGGCUUCCCAUCAGUGAUCCUAUCUUCCAGCUCCAGCUCUGUGUGUAGCAGCUGAGGGGGAGGGCAUGGCAACGAAGGCAGGUCUGGCAGCAGACACAACCAUGGACUGCAACCCUGACAUACCAGAGACAGUAAAAACAUCUACAGAGGAAGAAAAGCUUGUAAGUGGAGGUGAUGAAAUGGUUGCCAUGUUCCUUCCGGAGAACUAUGCCACUUGCACGGACAGACGCACAGUGGGUAGCUGGACAUUGCUUUGUAAUUGUAACCCCGAGAACUUCUCUCCAGCUGGACCCCAGGCAGAGCUGGACCCUUCCUGUGAUCAUUGCUACAUGAUUAUAAG